CAUGAAAUUUCCUUUUGAUUAAGAAAAAAAAGAAAACUAUGAAAAUAUAGAAAGGGAUUAUAAAUAUAUAUCACUGAGCCAUGUAAGGAAAAUUUACAUUGCAGCUGUAGGCAAAAAUCUAUAACUGGAAAAUUUGGCAGAUUCUAGAUUAAUGAUAUGUCCAAUUCAGCAUUUCCUUCCUUAAACCAACAAUCGAAAUUCACCUUAUAAAUAAUAAACUUUUGUCUUCGUAAGAACCACACAGGCCUGCCUUGCGUACAAUGGAUUCAUUAUCAAUCUCAUAUGCUUUUUACGUGGUCUCACUGUUAACAAUUUGUAUUAGUGCAAAAGAGUUUAACGUUCUAAGUUAUGGAGCUUCUGGCAAUGGCAUUACUGACGAUUCUUUGGCGUUCAUGAAGGCAUGGAAGGACACAUGCAGUGAAGCAGCAAGUAGUGCUACCUUGGUUAUUCCAAAAGGAAAACAAUUUUUGGUGCAUCCAUUAAUAUUCACAGGCCCCUGCAAGUCUGGCGCUAUAAAUGUCAUGCUCUCAGGAACUAUCUUGGCACCCAAUGGUCCUGAUCAGUGGAACGCAUCCGAUUUGUCAACAUGGUUAGCAUUUGAGGGCGUAACCGGUCUAUCAAUUUCUGGCUUUGGCACCAUAGAUGGACGUGGAAAGGGCUGGUGGGACCGAUCAUGCAGAUAUCAUCCUGGUCAGGGAUGUUUCACACUAGCACCAACGGCCCUCAGAUUUCAGAACUGCAACAACCUUAAAAUGUUGAACACUAAUUUUCACAACAGCCCCCAAACACAUGUAUUACUGUUAGGAUGCCAAAAUGUCGAGUUGGGAUUCUUGAAUAUACAAUCACCCGGAACAAGCCCCAACACAGACGGCAUACACAUUCAGUUCGGCCGUAAUGUUUCCAUUCAUAAUUCACAAAUUGCUGAUGGUGAUGAUUGUAUUUCCAUUGGUGACAAGACUUAUGAUGUCAAAAUUAAUGACAUUAAGUGUGGUCCUGGUCAUGGUGUAAGUAUUGGAAGCCUAGGAAGGGAUGGAGAAGUGGUUCAAGUAAACAACAUUAAAGUGAAAAGAGUAAGCUUCCAUGGGACAACUAAUGGGGUUCGAAUCAAGACAUGGCAGACAGGCAGAGGUCUUGUUCAAAAUGUGACAUUCACCAACAUUAACUUCACGGCCGUAGAAAAUCCAAUUAUCAUUGAUCAGUACUACUGUGAUAAGCCGGAUUCAUGCAAGCCAACGGACACCGGAGUUCAUAUCAACGAUGUAAGGUACUCAAAGUUAAUAGGGACAUCACAGACGGAAGUGGCAAUCAAUCUGAAUUGCAGCAAUAAUGUUCCGUGCACGGGCAUUACAUUAGACAACGUUCGAUUGGUGUCGGCAACUCAUCAAUUCAACCAAUUGGUUUCUAGCUGUAACCAUGUGUCUGGAUUGAAUAGAGGAAUCAUAGAGCCAAAAUCAUGUCUUAAAAAUUGAGCGAGGGACAAUGUGUGGAUAUAUGGUUUUGAUUUGUAGGCCUGAAUUGUAUAAUCAUUCAUCCAAGAUUUUGAAAAUAAUUGGAAUCUUUGUAAUUUGUGGUGCACGCAUGGUUCAACAUUGAAAUAAUAAGAAAUCAUUGCAAUUGAGGAAUUUUUUUCCUUGUAUAUUUAUUUGCCUA